GUAGAGAGCGUUACGUCGUCUGGCAAGCGAGUCGAAGUUUUUCGUGGGCAGCGCUCGUUAACCCGGCGCUUCGAACGUGUGAUCAGCAGUUCACCAGGCUCUCGAAGACAAGCUGCGAUGUUUUAAAAAAAAGAACGGUUCGAUUUGCAAGGAUCGUGUAGUGUACGACUAUCUGGUCUGGUGAGAGUCGCGGUGUUCGGACCGGUGUCUCAAAGAGAUCAGUGCGGGCGGUCGUACACGAGGAUGGCCGGCGACGACGGUGCACCACCGAACAAUGAGAUCCUUAGUACGGAUGGAGAGGGGCAGGGUGCGUCAGUGCGGGGGGAACCGCAUUCCAGAGUGGGCGGCAUCCUGGAAUGCGAUCCCCCCGGUAACAAGAAUUCGCCGAGCAAGCAAGUCUGUAACGACGACGACUGCGCCUACGGAAGCGGUGAAACUCUGAUUGCCGACGACUGUAACAGCAGCGGAGGCGUUGGAACCGUGAUUGCCGGCGAUAACGGCGCUUUGUGCCGAUAUGCUAUCGGUACUGCCAAUACCGCUAUGUCUUUCAUCGAAGUUUGUCAGAUUCGACUGCAACAUCUUUUCCCGCAAUUGGUUUCGUCUUCGCGGUACAGUCUUUGCGAAAAUUCCAUAGAGUUUACAGCAGAAUGUUUGGCUAAUGAUGUGAUACGGUAUCUACUAAAGGAAGAUAUUUAUCUUAUAUCUCGAGACCCAGUUUCCCGUAGCAUGAGGCACAAUGUGUAUCAGAUGCUGAACAAACACAGUAUUCUCUUCGCGAGUAUGGUAAAUCGUUUGAAUGUUGUACCGGAUACGGCAUACGAAGCAUUCAUGGGAGUCGCGGAUGAGCUGUUUUUACAUGGUGGAAUUACAUGGGCAAGAAUCGUUUGUCUAUAUGCAUUCAUGGGUAGACUCGCUCUUUGGGCCCGAGAUAGACGAAUGCACGCCUUAAAACAAAAAUUACCAUUAUAUGUCUCCAGAUUUAUUGGUGAAAAAGUUGCACAUUUCAUCAAAGGAUAUGGAGGAUGGGAGCAACUAUGUAUAGAGUACCCAGUGGCAGAAGAAAUAAGUGGAGCAAUCUGGAGAAGUCUUAUAAUGACAGGUGCUACACUUGGUUUGGUUGCAACGAUUUUAACAGUGACCUCCUAAUAUACCCUUAGAAAUUAAUUUAUACAGGGUAUGUUUGAUGUGAGACCUUCCAGCGUACUUAUGUUCUACCAAAAUACUUUUAAAAACAAUUUUUGGAAGCUUAGAUAAUGCUUUUAUAUUGGCACAGAAAGUGAAAUUGUGUGAUUUGAAAGGCAUCUUACAAUAAGUACAGGAUGUAAAUUAAGUUCUGACCUUGCAGACUGCACAAUUUUCAUAUCAAUGUCUCUCAGUUAAGAAUCAUCCUACUUUUUAUAUAACUCCAACAAAUAUGUAACAUGAGCGAAUGAUAAUGAUACAAGUUUCCUACUAUAUUCAUAUUUUGUAACAACUGCAGCUCAAUGGACUAGUUGAAU